UGUAAUUUAAGCGCAUUUAGUUAACAAAGAGCACACAUGUCUAGCACAACUCCAACCACACAUCAAAUGAAUCCCACUUCUCCAAUUCACAGUUUAAAAAGUACAGAUACAAACUUCAACAUGACUACUCCACUCACUUACACCUCAGUGGAAACUUGGGAGUUACUCAUCAACCACUUUUUUGGUACAAUUGUACCACAGUGGCAAUCUCUGGUACCGUUCAAACCAGAGUACUGUGACUUUCAUCUGCUUUCCACUUUGUUAACAGACAUGCUGAAGUUUACUAAAAUGUUAGUGAGAUCAACUAGGGAACCCACAGAGAAUGGAGAUCCAACCUCCAUGCAGGCCUCUGAGGUCUGUCUUCAGUCCGUGGGCGCAGACUGCCCUGAGAAAACAGAGGAUACAGGAGCAAAGGACAGCAUCCUGAAUGAAAGCUCUGUAGGUGACCACAGUGAUAAUGCAAACGUAGAAACUCCAGGACUGGAGGCUCAACCAGCCCUAGACUGCAUAUCUGUGGGUCAUUCAAACACACAACUCGAAACACCAGCCACAGUAAAGCCAAAAAAGAGCUGUAUGAAGAAAAACUUCACAGCUGAUACAAAAGACUUUGGCAAAACAAAGUCUUGUCCCCUGGAAAACCCUGUGAAGCUAGAAGUACCUGAGCUGCACAGUGACACUGAGUCUUUAACUUUUUCUAGUAUCAGUCCGCUACCUGAUUCUCUAGGCAAAAGCUCUGUAGAAGACCAGGGAGAAACUCCAGGAUUGGAGGCUCAACCAGUUGUAGGCUGCAUAUGUGUAGACAACUCAAGCUACAGAGAUGAAACAGAAAGUCGAGGACUGAAAGAUGAGGCAACCCCCAGAUUUCAGGGAUUCCUCAGUGACAGUGAGUCUUUAACUUCUUCUCAGAUCAGUCCACUAUCUGAUUCUCUGAGCGAGGAAAAGUUGUGUGUCAACAAAGUUAUUCAGACAGUGGUUUCAGAGGCCAUAGACAACGUCGCCUCUAAACACAAGCUCUUCACAGAGCGCCUCACUCCUGACUGCAUUGGUGAUCGCCUGCUUAAGAAAAUCUGGCCAGAAAUUAAUGGCAAACAUUUGGAUCUAUCUCCAAAAAGCCUAAAAAAUAUCCACAAGGCCAUUUUAAAGGAUCUUUGCAAAACACACAAAUGCAAGGAAAAAUAUUUGAUUUUUAGUCUGAGGGAACAGCUUGAUAGCAUUACUGUUCCAAUCUUCACCAAACACCUGCUGGGAUUACCAAAAAGAGUACUCAGUGUAUCUAAAAACCGGGACGAGUACUGGGAACUUGUGGAAAAAUUCACUAGAGAUCUGGUAAUACACAGUAUGGCUGAACUAAAUGAGACGACGACAUGGCAUUCAGGAACAACUGACUUCAUUGUACAGAGGCUUAGCCAAAAGAUCUGGAACAAAAUUUUGUCCAAAAAUUAUAAAAUCUCCCUAGAGAACAUUGAAGAACUCAGCUUGACAGUAUACAAUGAUCUCCAUGAAAAGUGGCAUUCUCCAGGACAGUUCAUGAAGUUAAGCAACCCAAUGGUUGACGACAUAAUUGUCAAUGCUUUCAAAAAACAUGCCAAGCUGAAGAGACGAAAUGUCAUCUCUAGGAUUUUCUCAUUUGCACGCUAAAAUUUAACUGACACGUGCGUGUCUUAAAAUAGCUUAAAAUAUUUAUUUAAAGUGUGCCAUCUCAUUGAAAUUUAGUUUUAAAACCAGAGUGGUUAAAAAUAACCACUCUUUUUCACCUGCCUUCCUUCCCUCAUUCCCAACUGGCCGCAGCAGAUGGCCACCCCAUUCCUGAGCCUGGUUCUGCUGGAGGUUUCCCCCUUGUAAAAGGGGGUUUUUCCUUCCCACUGUUGCCAAAGUGCUUGCUCGUAGGGGGUUGGAGUUUCUGUGUAUUAUUGCAUGGUCUUGACCUUGCAAUAAUACACCUUGAGGGAAGUGGGGUUUUUUUUGGUUUGGCACCGUUUCUUAACUUAAAAUGUCCAAUUACAACAGGACAUUUUAAGUUAAGAAACAGCGUCAAAACAAAAAAACAAAACAAAAAAUAAAUAAAAUGAAAUAAAAUAAAAUGAAAUAAAAAUACAUUUUGUGUUUCGUUUCAUUUGCUUUGAAUUUGCUGAAAAUGGAAUAUCAGAUUAGUUUAGUGUGUAAAUAAAAAGCCUUCCAUCUGG